AUGCUCGUGAUGCGGCCCCGCCUGCAGCUGUUCCAGCGCGCCGCCGCGCGCGCCCACGCCCUCGCUCCUGCGCGCGCGCUGACCAGCAACCCUCUCGCUUUGGCCGCCGUGCGGCCGCCGCCAUCCGCCGCGGGCGCCAAGCGCUCGCUGUUCAACAUGACAGGCCGCGGCAAGCUGAAGCAGCUCAAGUCGCUGGAGCAGGCGGCCAACUCCAGCCCCGAGGACCCGUACGCGCAGCUGCGCUUCCUGCAGGAGCUCAACCGCAACAACUACCCGGCGCUGGUCGUGCGCCGCGUGGAGGAGAACCGCUUCGCGCUGGACGACGCCGGCCAGAAGGAGUACAUCAAGGCGCUGGUCAAGACGGGCCGCCUCGACACGGUGGACCUGCCGCAGCUGGCCAACGCCGGGGCCGACGCCUACGCCGGCCGACAGCUCGGCGGCCUGGCCGCGGCCGGUGCCGGCCCUGCUGUGGCCCGCGGUGGCCAGGGUCAGUCGGCCCACGACCCCAUGUACGUGUCCAUGGUGGAGGGCAGCUUCAAGAGCAACAUGUGGAAGACGCUGCGCACGUUGGGCGUGGCCUUCCUCGUGGUCUCAGCGCUCGGCGCCAUGCUGGACGAGAAGGUGGGCAAGAUCGGCUCGGCCUCCAAGGUCAUGGGCCCCACGGGCAGCGACAAGCGCUUCAGCGACGUCAAGGGAGCUACCGAGGCCAAACACGAGUUGGAAGAGAUCGUCCAGUUCCUGAGGGACCCUGCCCGUUUCACGCGCCUGGGCGGCAACCUGCCGAAGGGUGUGCUGCUGACUGGUCCGCCCGGUACGGGCAAGACGUUGCUCGCCCGCGCCAUCGCUGGUGAGGCCGGCGUGCCCUUCUUCUACUCGUCGGGCUCCGAGUUCGAGGAGAUGUACGUUGGCGUCGGCGCGCGACGUGUGCGCGACCUGUUCGAGUCGGCCAAGCGGAAGGCGCCGUGCAUCAUCUUCAUCGACGAGAUUGACGCUAUCGGCGGGACGCGCAAGCUCAAGGAGCAGCAGGCCAUGAAGAUGACGCUGAACCAGCUGCUGGUGGAGAUGGACGGCUUCGAUCAGAACAAGGGCAUUAUCGUCAUCGGCGCGACGAACUUCCCCGACGUGCUGGACAACGCGUUGAUCCGACCGGGACGUUUUGACCGUCACGUGACGGUGGACCUUCCUGACGUGGCCGGCCGCAAGGAGAUCCUCGAGUUCUACGCUGGCAAAAUCCCAAUCAGUGAGGAUGUGGACCUGGACGUGCUGGCUCGCGCCACGCCGGGCAUGUCGGGCGCAGAGCUUUCCAACUUGGUGAACGAGGCCGCACUCCGCGCGUCGAUGAAGAGUGCCGACGUGGUUGACAUGGACGCGUUCGAGUACGCCAAGGACAAGAUCUUGAUGGGAGCAGAGCGCAAGUCAGCGGUGAUCACACCCGAGUCGGCUAAGCUCACUGCUUACCACGAGGGCGGUCACGCACUGGUGGCGAUCAACACCCCUGGAGCUCACCCCGUGUACAAGGCUACCAUCAUGCCUCGCGGACAGGCGCUGGGAAUGGUAUCACAACUGCCGGAGGGCGAUCAGACGUCCAUUUCGCGCAAGCAGUUGCUGGCGCGUCUGGAUGUGUGCAUGGGCGGUCGUGUGGCCGAGGAGCUGACGUUCGGUGAGGACGAGAUCACGGGCGGCGCGUCGUCCGACAUCCAGCAAGCCACCAACGUUGCGCGCACAAUGGUUACAAAGUACGGCAUGAGCGCGGACGUGGGUCUGGUGUUCCACGACCUGCGCGGCAACGACACGAGCGCUACUACUCGCAAGACCAUCGACGACGAAGUGAAGAAGCUUUGUGACGCGUCGUACAAGCGCGCGAAGGACAUCCUUGUGAGCAAGCACGCGGAUCUGGAGAAGUUGGCCCAGGCAUUGCUAGAGUACGAGACGCUGUCGGGUGCUGAAAUCGACAAGAUCCUCAAGGGCGAGCCCCUCGACCGCAAGCCUAUCAAAUAA